GACUCUCGGCGCUUCGUUUCGUUUAGCAACGCAGGCGUAGCCUUUUGAAUGUUUCUUCGUUGUCCUUAAAUGUAAAAAUUUCGAGUGAAAGCCGCGUAAACAACCAUGCACAGGGAGGAGUAAUUCCUGUCAUUACGUUGUACCUGAAAUAUUUUUGCGAUUGUCGUGAAACGUUAUUUCAUUUUCAUCGAUUUUUAUUUGGAAAAUUACAUAGAAGGAAGAAUAUCAAGAAGAUUAUUAUCGGUGUUGGGCACAAGUGUGUAAUUAACUGGAGUCCGCUCUGUGCUGGUGAUUAAGUCGUAAAGAUAACGGAUCGAACGAAAGAAAAAACAUUGAAUUUGUUUGCUUGAAUGAACGGUAUAAACAUUGUGAGGAUACUAUAAGCAGUGUUAAAAUAAAGAAGCAAUCAUGGAGGACGGCCAUGCGAAGACCGUUGAGGAGGUAUUAAAUUAUUUCAAUGUGGACGCAGAAAAAGGAUUGUCUCUAGACCAAGUAAAGAGGAAUCAGGAGAAGUAUGGUCUCAACGAAUUGCCAGCCGAGGAGGGUAAAUCCAUCUGGCAACUUGUAUUGGAACAAUUCGACGACCUCCUAGUUAAGAUUCUAUUAUUAGCCGCUAUUAUCUCUUUUGUAUUAGCUUUAUUUGAGGAGCAUGAGGAUGCGUUCACGGCCUUCGUCGAACCUUUCGUCAUUUUGCUCAUCCUUAUCGCCAAUGCCGUGGUAGGUGUUUGGCAAGAACGUAACGCCGAAUCGGCGAUCGAAGCGUUGAAAGAAUAUGAACCCGAAAUGGGUAAAGUUGUACGAGGUGACAAGGCUGGUGUACAAAGGAUUCGAGCGAAAGAAAUCGUUCCCGGUGAUAUUGUUGAGGUGUCUGUCGGUGAUAAGAUUCCAGCCGAUAUUCGUCUUUGUAAAAUCUUCUCUACUACUCUCAGGAUCGAUCAAUCUAUCCUUACCGGUGAAUCUGUUUCGGUUAUUAAACACACGGAUCCUGUUCCCGAUCCACGUGCCGUCAAUCAGGAUAAGAAAAAUAUCUUGUUCUCUGGUACCAAUGUAGCAGCUGGUAAGGCACGUGGCGUUGUUAUUGGAACUGGUUUAAAUACCGCUAUUGGUAAAAUCCGUACCGAAAUGUCCGAGACUGAAGAGAUCAAGACACCCCUUCAACAAAAACUCGACGAAUUUGGUGAACAAUUAUCCAAGGUUAUCUCCGUCAUCUGUGUUGCUGUAUGGGCCAUCAACAUCGGUCACUUUAACGAUCCCGCUCACGGUGGAUCCUGGAUCAAGGGUGCUAUCUACUACUUCAAGAUUGCUGUCGCUCUUGCCGUCGCUGCCAUUCCCGAAGGUUUACCAGCUGUUAUCACGACUUGUUUAGCUUUGGGUACUAGACGUAUGGCUAAGAAGAAUGCUAUUGUACGAUCCUUGCCAUCUGUCGAAACUCUUGGUUGUACUUCUGUUAUUUGCUCUGACAAGACUGGAACGUUGACUACGAAUCAGAUGUCUGUUAGCCGAAUGUUUAUUUUUGAUAAAAUCGAAGGUAACGAUAGCUCAUUCCACGAGUUUGAAAUUACUGGAUCAACUUACGAACCGAUCGGUGAAAUCUUCUUGAGAGGACAAAAGAUCAAAGGACAGGAUUAUGAGACUCUUCACGAGAUUGGUACGAUCUGUAUUAUGUGUAACGAUUCGGCUAUUGACUUUAACGAGUUCAAACAAGCUUUCGAGAAGGUUGGCGAAGCCACGGAAACGGCUCUGAUCGUUUUGGCUGAAAAGGUGAAUCCUUAUGGUGUGACGAAGAGUGGACUAGAUCGUCGUACUUCAGCUAUCGUUGUUAGGCAAGAUAUUGAAACGAAAUGGAAGAAGGAAUUCACAUUGGAGUUCUCUCGAGAUCGUAAAUCCAUGUCUUCAUAUUGUGUACCUCUGAAACCUAGCAAAUUAGGAACUGGACCGAAACUUUUCGUUAAGGGUGCACCCGAAGGCGUAUUGGACAGGUGCACGCAUGCGCGUGUUGGUAGCCAGAAGGUUCCUCUUACAUCGACUUUGAAAAAUCGUAUCUUGGAUUUGACGAGACAAUACGGUACUGGACGAGACACUUUGCGUUGUCUUGCUUUAGCAACCGCUGAUCAUCCGAUGAAACCCGAUGACAUGGAUUUGGGUGACUCCACUAAAUUCUAUACUUACGAAAAAGAUCUCACGUUCGUUGGUGUCGUUGGUAUGUUGGAUCCACCACGAAAAGAAGUCUUCGAUUCUAUUGUCAGGUGUCGUGCUGCUGGUAUUCGUGUUAUUGUUAUUACUGGCGAUAACAAAGCCACCGCUGAAGCUAUUUGCCGACGAAUUGGUGUUUUCACUGAAGAGGAAGAUACGACUGGAAAAUCUUACUCAGGACGUGAAUUUGAUGAUCUCUCACCAGCUGAACAGAAAUCAGCUUGUGCGAGAGCUAGGCUGUUCUCUCGUGUAGAACCAGCUCACAAAUCGAAGAUUGUUGAGUACUUACAAAGUAUGAACGAGAUCUCAGCUAUGACCGGUGAUGGUGUGAAUGAUGCCCCUGCCUUAAAGAAAGCUGAAAUUGGUAUUGCUAUGGGUUCUGGAACGGCUGUAGCAAAAUCGGCCUCAGAGAUGGUAUUGGCAGAUGAUAAUUUCUCUUCUAUCGUCGCUGCUGUUGAAGAAGGUCGUGCUAUUUAUAAUAACAUGAAACAAUUCAUUCGUUAUCUUAUCUCAUCUAAUAUUGGUGAAGUCGUAAGUAUAUUCUUGACGGCCGCUCUUGGUCUUCCCGAAGCUUUAAUUCCAGUACAACUUCUCUGGGUUAACUUGGUCACUGACGGUCUUCCAGCCACUGCCCUUGGUUUUAAUCCACCUGACUUGGAUAUCAUGGACAAGCCUCCUCGCAAAGCCGAUGAAUCUCUUAUUUCCGGUUGGCUAUUUUUCCGAUACUUGGCCAUUGGUGGAUAUGUAGGUGCUGCUACUGUAGGAUCUGCUGCGUGGUGGUUCUUGUAUAGUCCGAAUGGACCACAAAUGAAUUAUUAUCAAUUGACUCAUCACUUGGCUUGCAUUGGUGGUGGAGACGAGUUCAAAGGCGUUAAUUGCAAAAUCUUUUCUGAUCCUCAUCCAAUGACCAUGGCUCUUUCAGUACUUGUAACUAUUGAAAUGUUGAACGCUAUGAAUAGCUUAUCGGAGAAUCAAUCACUCAUCUCGAUGCCGCCUUGGUCCAACAUGUGGCUCAUCGCCUCCAUGGCUCUUUCCUUCACACUCCACUUUGUCAUUCUUUACGUCGACGUCCUUUCGUCCGUAUUCCAAGUGACUCCCUUAACGGGUGAAGAAUGGGUUACCGUUAUGAAGUUUUCCAUUCCAGUGGUACUUCUAGACGAAACCCUGAAGUUUAUUGCCAGAAAGAUCACAGAUGUGGCACCUACAGUGACGCCGCGGAAAUAAAGCACGAGAUGAUGCAUUGGGGAGAUACGCGAACGAGUAAAAAAAUAAAAAAAGAACAAUCAUACCAAAAAAAAUAAAAAGAAAAAUAAUAAAAAACAAAUGGCAAGCGGUAUAUCCUCGAAUAAGCGGACAAAGCGAGAGAAAUCUUCGAAAGACGGCAAUUCAAACAUACACAUUUUACACAUAUAUAUACAUACAUACAUACGUACAUACAUACUACGUCAUCUCUAUAUAUAAAAAAAAAUAUAUAUAUAUAUAUAUAUAUAUGCACAUAACACACACACAUAUAUAUAUAUAUUAUAUAUGAAAAUAAGGAAUAUAAAAUCGAAGGAAAAUGAGGUGGUUGGGUAAGCCGUUUGAAAAUGAGAAUGAGAAAAUCUGAAAAAUGAAAGAGAGGAACAUAUAAGAAGAUAUACAUAUACCAUUGUACAUCCAUAUACAUAUACACUAAAAAGAGAACAUAUGUCCCGUCAAUAUAUUGAAGAGAAACUAGAAAGAAGAAAUAAUAGGGAUGAUAAGUGUGUAUUACACGCAGCAAAAAGAGACAUCAUAGUUCACGUAUAAACAGGACAAUGAUGAGUAUACCGUCAAAGUUAUGAUCAU